AGAAAAGAAAAAAUUUGCCCUAGAGAAACUGAAUCUUUCUUUAGUUGGUCUCUGUCUGCGGAGCUUUGGUUUCUCUAGAAGUGCAAUUUCAGUUAAGAGAUGGGUGAAGUAAUAUUGGGUAUGCCAGGUCCAUGGGGAGAGAAUUAUUGUGAAUUAGCUGAUCAUUACACCACAAAGAUUGGUGGACUACCUGAUUGGCCUGUUGAAGUCAGUAUCAGACCUGACCUGCUCGAGUGUCGUGUAUGUGGAAGUAGUAUGUGCCUUGUCAUUCAGCUUUAUGCUCCUAUUUCCCAUGCUAGUUUGACUAUUGAAGAACGCAUAUUAUACAUUUUCGGUUGUGUGAACCCAAAAUGCGCACACGACCCUCUGAGCUGGCGGGCUAUUAGGUUACAAAAGUCUCCCAAUGAAGAGGAAUCGAAGGCUCCUAUCCAGGAAGUUUCUCCUUCUGCAGCGUCUGCUGGCCCGAUUUCGAAGUCCAGCUAUCUGGACUUAUCGCAGAAUGACUCUGAUGAAGAGGAUCUUGAUGAUGUGGAUCUUGAGGAGCUGGGUCUCUUACUAUCUGAAGCUUCAAGCCAAGCUUCCAAUUCCAAGAAACAAAAUGGCCAUCAACAGAAAAGAAAUCAUCAGCCACCCGAAUCAGUAAGGAAAAUUAGACUGGCUGAGGCCGACAUGCCAGUGAUACCUUGCUUUUAUAUAUACUCCCAAAAAGAAUCAUCAUCAGGGGGUGUUGGUAGUGUUGGGACUAGCUUGGCCUCACUAAAUCUCACGGAUAACAGAAACGAAGACCAGAAUGAGGAAGAAACAUGGGAAGAAGAAGGUUAUGAGUACGAUAGAGCUUUACACGUUGAUAGGACAUACUUGAAGUUCAUGAAGCGGAUGAAUGCAUUUCCUGAGCAAUGCUUUAGGUACUCAUAUGGGGGAAAACCACUUUUGGCUACAAGAGAACUAGAAAAACCUGGGAAGUGUGUGAUUUGUGAUGGACCACAACAUUAUGAGAUGCAGCUCAUGCCUCCAUUAUUGUUUUUUCUACGCGAAGCAUGUGAUUCGUCGACGCAGUAUACGGAAGAUUGGAACUGGAUGACUCUCAUCACUUAUACUUGUUCCAAGAGUUGUUCUAGUCAACAUGAUGGAAAAAAGUCUAGCAGAAACGACUGGACUGUGGCAGAGGAGUAUGUUGUAUUACAAUUUGAGGAACCCUUGCAACUUUCAAGUGGAGCUGGUUACUUAUCCAAGUAACAAGAAAACGCGGCAGAGCCAGCAAGGAACCUUGCUGGAGCAACGAUCCUCUAUGAAAUUUCAUGAUAACAUGUAUAUAUGGAGAGUGCUAAAACACAGUUUGCUCAAUAUUUCUAUUCUUUUUCCUGGUUUCAUGAUAACAUGAUAUCUCAACUUUCUAUUUCAGUAAUAAUUUUGAAAUUUAAAGUUACCUUUGGGAAAAAUUUACUAGUUUUUCUUCUGUUUCUUCCAAUACAAUAUUUCUUCUGGUGGUUUAGCUCAAUGUUGAAAUAUCAACUUUAACGAGAAGUGUGCUAGUUGAGAAGGCGUGGUAAUAAUAAUGAUUUUUAUGAUU